AUGUCGGAUAGUCCACACAGCUCGUCCGGCUCACAUCUCGAGCCGCCGCAGAAAGGUCCUGAGCUCUUGGACCCCGGUGCUCAGGAGUCUGCCAGCGAAGAGGAUCAUUUUUCUGAUGCCAGCGAAGGCCAGCCCGAAUCCCGUUCAAGAAAAUCGUCCAGAGCAGCUUCGCCCGUGCCUCUAACUCGCGUGGAAAGAGUGGACGAUGAGCCUCGUCACGGAGAAGUGCCGGGCACAGCAGCAUAUGACAAGAGGACACAAGAUGCAGUCCCCGAUGAAGUAGAGAUCGUCCCAGGAGGUUCACGGAGCCGAAGCUCGUCGAGAGUAGCUGAACCAACUAGUCCUGGCGGAACCCCCAUACCACGGACUAUGGUUGUCAGAGUGGACGAAUCACCAAGCUACGGCGAAGUUCCAGGGACAGAGGCAUACACCAAACGAAAAGCAGAUGCCGUUCCUGAUCUUGUAUUGAAAACACCCGGAGACGAACAAACACCAAGUGAAUUACACGAAGAGGGCUCCGACCAGCCGGUCCCUGAAACUCGACUGUUCAGGGUGGAUUCACUUCCCAAGGAGCCAGGAUCGCCGGGACUUCACGCCCACCGUAGAAGCCCAAGUGAUGCAUUGCCAGACGUUAUUGAGACAGUGCAUGAUACGACCGGAGAAAAUGAAGAUGAAGAUGAAGACGAUGACGAAUUUGGUGAUGAGUUUGAUGAUUUUGAAGAAGGCGCCAAUGCAACAGUAGAUGAUGAUUUUGGUGAUUUUGACGAAGGCUUUGGUGAACCAGCAGAGGGUGCCGUUGGAGAUGAAUCGGGAGAGAGUGAAAUACUACAGCAGCCUACUACGCCGCUGCCUCUCCCGCCGCUAUUAGAUUUCACCUUAACAGCAUCCUUGUCCGAUCUUUUAUCCACAACUAAUAACUCCCUUGAUACCCUAUUCCCCGAAACAAAAACAGUCCCCUCCUUACCAUCAUUGGAUCCCAUACCAGAUUCUACAGCCAUUUUCAGCAGCGAACGUUCACUCUCCCUAUGGUCACAAUUAGUCGCGCCUCCACCAUUACAGCCUCCGAAUUGGGUAAAGUCUCGAAUUCGACGUCUGUUUCUUGUUUCCCUCGGUGUUCCGGUUGACCUGGACGAGAUAUUACCAGCAUCAAAACAGAAAAAGCUUAUCUUGCCAUCCAUCAACCCGGAAGACUCAAGUACAUCUGUUCGCACAAAAGCAGUUAGCAAAGCGAAACAAGGCGAUGCAACAAGCCCACAGAAUGACUCCACGACAUCAGUCAACUCUACAAUCUCGCGGCAAAAGUCAAGUCGACGUCGGGGCCAGCCAGCACCUCCGGAGCUUGAUCUUUUCGCAGUGAGGAGAUUGUGCGCAACCACAGAUGCAGCAUUGGAUGGAUUCACGGACUCAGAACUUGAGCAGCAUGUGGUAACACUCAAGACGGCAUCUACAAAAGCACAGGACGUGCUCGACUAUUGGGUCAAGAGGACAGAUGGACUCAUAGGCGAGAAAGAAGCCUUUGAGGGGGUGAUUGAGAACCUAGUCAAUCACGCGCGACGAGCACGAAAGUAA